AUCACCGUCGAUGCUGUCGCCACUAUCACCGUCGUCCCUUUCUCUUCUCAAUAAGCCUAGUGAUCAUUGGGCUCUCAGUCCAUAUCUGUUUCUCCGUUUAGCUCUCACUCUUGCUCUCGGUUUAGAUCCUUAUUCUUUUCCUCUCAUUCUCGCAGCACUGGCUCUCUAAGUCGCUGCCCUCUUUCUCAGCAUCGAAGUUCAUUUUUUUUUUUACUUCUCUCUUCAUAUUUUUUAUGCUCUAGAAAUUGUUCGUAAGGAUUUAAUAAAUUCUUAAAUUUUGAAAAUUUUCACGAAAAAAGAUACAUUUUGUUAAUAGCAAAAAGAAACCAAAGAAUUCAAUUUUAAAUUGAUUAGGUACAAUUUGAUUGUUACUUUUACUGGUUUCAAUAUAAGAAACAAAUUGAAGAAUACAAGGCAGUGAUUUUACUUUUAUAUGGAACAAUUAUGUUAGAAUCAUUUUGUGUUUUAGUUAUUUGUGCAUUUUUAAUCAAUUAAUUUUGGUUUCUAUCAUUUGCUUUUGAUUAUUUUCAAUUUCUUAGGAAGCAGGAGCAAAUAAACAAAGUAGUAGAGUAACAACCAAAGGGAUCUCUAUUUGGAAUCUUAGGGAUGCUAAAAUUUCCUUCUUAUGUUGAUAGUUUUGAUGUUAGUACACGUUAUUAUUGCUAAUAGCCAUAAAUGUAUGAUUUACCUAAUAAUAAGUACUCAGAAACUUGGUUCAUGGGAUUUUAGUUCAUCCAACUCACCAUAUGCAAUAAUUUAACUUCAUUUAGUUAUGAAAAAGAUAUCACUUUUUUUCCCUAAAUGACGUUGCUAUUUGGACUCCCCACCUUCUUUUCCACCUCUUUCAUGAUAGAUAUACAAACUCAUGUAAGGUCCGAUGGAAUGUGGAGUCCACCGUCUGCGCUGUUAGAAGCCUAGAACUAAGGACAUGAAUUUGAGGGAGUUCCAGUAGUUUUUCUGAACGCAUCACUUAAUCUUGGAAUUUGCCCCAGAUUGAACACACUCAGAAUUGUUGCUUCAUAUAUGGUGUCACUUAAGUUAAAAUGAUGUGGUGUCUUAUCUGAAGCAUCCAUAAAUUGUCCACUAUUGACGUCUCCGGAUGCUUCCUUAUGCAAGUUUGGUGCAAUUUCUGCACCUUUCUUUUAUGAUACUUUCCUCUGGUCUAUGGCUGAUGUUUUUAUUUAAUUUUACAUACAGCCAAUUUAAGGAUUAUUGCUUAUCUGCAACCACUGCUUCUUGCUCUCGGAUCGUGUCAUUAAUAUUGAUGUCAUGCCCAUCUGUUGGUUCUGACGCUGAAGGCAAGGGCUGCGUGUUCACAUAUGAUGCUGUUGGUUCCUAUGAGAGGGUUGGAUAUGGCAACCAGCGUACCGGUUCUACACUUAUUAUGCCUUUUCUGGAUAGCCAACUGAAGUCUCCUAGCCCUCUUUUGUUGCCUGCCCAGGAUGCUGUAACUCCACUUGUGAAAUAUGAAGCAGUUGAUUUAGUCAAAACUGUUUUUGCAUCAGCAACUGAGAGGGAUAUAUACAUUGGAGACAAGCUUGAAAUUGUCAUCCUUAACGCUGAUGGUAUUCGUCGUGAAUACAUGCAUAAAGCAAGUUUAAGAAAAUUUUACAUUAUGGUGUUAAAAUUAUAAGCAUGCAAAUAUUUGGCUGACUCAUCAUUGGAGCCCCUUUACGAGGAAGGUGCUUUAUGAGAACUCUGGGAUUUAGACUUAUUAUAUGGUAACCUGUGCCAAUCUGCCAUAGAGGAGCUUCUUGCAUUUGCACACAUCUUACCCAUUUGAGUUUGAAUGGAUGUAUAAAUAUGCAUGACCUGGUGGUCGAUUUGAGUUGCUUUAUGUGCAUAAUGAAUCUAGCAUGUUUUGUUUUGAUAACAUCCAUGUGCCAGUCGAGCAAGCAAACCGUUUACUGUAGAACCUUAACUGCGAAGGUUGUCCAAAUAUUAGGAAAGUGCUUAUCCCUCCGGUAGCACGAUGUUUCCAUUGGUCAUCUCUAAAUCUUUCGUUGUCAGCCAAUUUAAAUGAAGUUGAUCUUGCUUGUUUCAACUUGUCCUUUCUUAGUCUAAGGAUUUUAUACAAAGAAGCACUGCAGGCAAGUGAACCUUACUGGAAUUUUACUUGAUGCCUAACAAUGGCUUCAUCAUGUGGAGUUUCUUUUUUGGCCUUAAAAAUUUCAACCCACGAAGAGAUUCUUUACCUUAAAAUGAGUUGAGUAGGAGUUGAGAAGUGCUGAUAGAGGGAAAUGACAUGAGGAAGGGAUUCCUGUUGAUUUUGAAUAUGUAUUGCUUGGUUGUCUUACUAAUCUGUGUAAGUUUUUUAGAUAAAAAACUAUAGAGUACUUAAAAAGAAUUGAUAUAUCUAUAAAUAUUUGUACAUUGUUUGGAUUUAUAUAU